AACGUCCAUCAUUCACCCUGAAGGUUUCUUCUUUCUGGAAACUUUCCUCAGAAUGAACAGAAAAUGCGAUACAGUACUUUGAUUUAUUGAUUCACUCGUCUUUCUUGCGGCCUUUGAUCAUACAAUCGCCAUCAUGUUUUCCGGCCUCUUUAUGAAAUUCAACGCUCUUCCAAGUCGCAAUCCAGUAUAGUUUUUAAUAACCGAGCUCUCCGAAUUUCCUGAAUACGAGUGAAUCACUGAAUACGACUGAAUACGGUGUUGAGUUUUUGAAAAUUAAACCCUGAAUUAAUCUUAUUAUUAGUUAUCUUUUCGGUAUUCUACACAACGUGAUCAAAUUUGCAGCCUGUAGAAACUGAAACAUUGAAAAAUGGAUUUGUGUCUCCGAUUUGUUCAAUAAAACUUUUGUGUUCACGGUUUUUUAUUAAUGUUUUUGCCUUAUCUUUUGCAAUAGAGUUUUCAAGUGUGACAUCACAGAAAAAUGUUUUUUAGAAUUUUCGACUUUUAACCAUAUAACAUAAAAGAACAUUAUGAAAUACCCUCAUCGAUUCAAAAUCAGUUAAAUUUGUCAAAAAUCGGGUUAGCUAUGGCCAAUAGAAAAUUUUAAGUUUGCUAACGGAUUACGGUGUUAUUUGGCUCAGUUCAUAAAGUUAUAAACUGAGACCAAAUUACAAAGGUUUGAUGGGGCCAGAGCUUGUGCUCAUCUAUCUGGUCAUCUGAUUUUGCAGAAAUGUUUCAUGAUACUCUUUCAGGUUUUGUAAACAAAUUUCAAAAAUUCUAAAAAUAUAUUUUUGUGACGUCAUCACUUGACAACACUAUUGUUAUACAAUCUUUCUAAAUAUUAAUUUGAUGAAAAAGUUCGCCUCCUUUAAACUAUAGGCUCUUAGUUAUUUUAUCUAUGGUAUAUUAUUAAUUUCUUUAAACUCCAUGCAAGAGCUACAAACCAUCAGUAUUUAAAGAUGAAUAAACCAUCAGUAGUAAUAUUUUACGAUAAAGAGUAGAAAAGAGUACAAGGCUCCUGAAUUGAUCAUUACUGGCCUUCUCAACUCUGAAGUUGAUAAAUGACUUUCUUUUUAAGCUAGCAUUGACAAGGAAACGCUUUGAUGUUAAUCAAAUUUGAUGGGGUUGUUGUUGAUUAUAGAAGGUAGCUUUAGAAGGGACCUAUCCAAUAAGGGGACACAAAACAGAAGAGACUGGAGCUCUUCGUGAAGAGCUUACCCGAGAACCUUCUUGGGAUGAUUGUCGAAUGAUAUAUUCGUGGAUUUCUGGUGACGUUUUAUAUCGCGUGUCCCAUGAAGGGACUGCUUUAUAGAUUAGGCUCUGGAUACGUGAACACUGUGAUCCAAUUCAAACUACUAUCGUGUUGGUGUGUUUAUGUGUCUUGCUUUUCAUAUUCCCAUUGGGAAGCUCUUCGUGCGUCCCUAUUCUCUUCUCUUUAUGUCAUUGACUGAAACUAUUGUUUUGCGAAAAGCGUUUUUACCAAGGGGCAUUUACUUUCCUUAGAAGAUACUCUCUUGAGGUCAUAGAAAAUCAAACCGAAUCGUGCAAUAGCCCUUGGGAUAGUUUAUGCGACACUUUUCCCAGUUUGCUUUGCGCCGUUUAGUAUCAAGAUAAGAGUGGUUGAGAGAUUUAUUCUUUCACUUGAACGGGACUAAACACAGCUGCAAGAUGCUUGGGAAAGAAAGCACAUCGACACAAGAUUUGCACUUUUUCAAGAAGCUACAGUCAUUGCCAAAUUUGAACACCCAUUUGAAUAAUCUGCUGCACAAGUAUCAUUGCAUUAAGCACUCUUCAGCGCUUAUCAGUUUUUCAUUAUGGUUUUGCGAGCGUUAUGUAAAGCUUUUGGUGAAGAUUGGUCUGCUGCUGCUCCUGUGUGUUCCCAAGGCCCUUUACAAAUCCAGCACAGUGGUCGUUUUGGAUGAAUUUCUUUGUCAUCAGCUUGACUUCUUGGAGAAAAAACUUUCACCGAAAACCGGGACGAUUUUCAAAAACGAGAACGGCAUCGAAGCGAGGUCAUUGAAAGCAUUUAUGCUACUAUUGCGCAUAGUGGUGCUAUGGCCUCGACUGACACUGCUGAUAGCAGCCUCUGCGUGGAGGGUUUGUCGUGGAGAACUGAAGGAAGACUUAAGAAUGCUCGUGGAAAUAUUUUCCAGAAAGAAAUCCGAGGUUCGCCGAACAACUACAAGAAUAAAAUGCAGGCGCUCUACAAGUUCACCUUAUCAGAGGAAAAGAAAACACGAGGAGGUCGAAGGAAAAGUCGAGCAAUAUCUGUUUGUUGAUGAAAGCUACCAAUCAGAGAAUGAUCCAGAUUAUGAAAUUGGCGAAACGACUUGCGAGGAUAAUGCUUCAGUGGAUGGAGAAAACACCGAUGACGAGCUGAACAACGACCCGCAGUGUUUUCUUUGCAAAGAAUGCAAAGAAGAGGACAAGGAAUCUGCAGAAGAGGCUGCAUCUAGUUCAGAGGCUGAAUCGGAAGCGGAUGAGGUAAAAGGAGAAGACAAGCAAGACCUGGCUGCUAAUGGCAGCUCAGAGGAUGAAGCUGAAGAAUUAAAAUCACCGCUUAGAAAAGUUGAAGAAAUUUCAAGUAAAUUCGAGGACCAGGCAAACGAAAGAAAAAGUCCAAUCUGCCAAAGAGGGUGAUGAGAUGCGAAAGAAUUUCGAACUUGUCCAGAUUUUGAUAUAAUUUGUAAAAUACUCAAAAUAUUUGCACAUAAAUUGCUGUUAUUAAAGUUGGGAUUGUUCUUUACAAAGCAUAAACCGAUUUCCAAUGUGUGGAAAUUCAGCUAGGCUCAUCGAAACCCUUUUUGCUAAAUUAACAAACG